AUGGGUACAUUGACAACACCGGCAGAGCGUGCCGAGGAGUUGCGGGCUCGACUCUCUGGUCAAGCUUUUAACCGAAGUUCCAGAAGAACUACUCGUCAAAACUCUACUCUCUCCAAUCCAAUGUUUACUGCAGCGCUUCAUGCUGCUCCCCGUGAUGCAAGGGGAGCAGAACUCUCCCCAAUAGAAGCUCGCUUGGUUCGAAUGCUCAAGAUUUUCGCAACUGACGAGGAAGUUGCUGAGUACGGGAACAUGUACACUAAGAACAAAGCUCAAGCUGGCAAAGGGACUCUGAGUGGCACUAUUUUCUCUGGUGUUUCACUCAAUAUGGAUGAGGAUACACCAUAUAACAAGGUCGAUAUGGUUGCUGAUGCGAAAGCCAUGACGGGCGAUUUCCUCACCAUGCCCGAAAACAAAAUUAUAGACAUCACAACAAUUGAUGCAGAAUGCGCUGACAAUCCCGAGUAUAUGGAGGCACUUACUGGAGCAGGAAGUGGAAUAACUGUGUUAGUUGCGCCUAAGCUCGAAGAGGAGGAGAAAAAGCCAAUGCAAGAUGAUGAGGAGGGCCAAAGUAGCACAACUUCAAUUAGUCCUAAUUCUGAUGCUGUCGCAAAUACCGUAAGCGACUACAGACUGGUCUUAGAGCGGUUCAAAUGUCACCGUGAGCAGCAUGAUGGAUUUGCCAGCACCAGGAAUGAGAUCUAUUGGGCUCUGGCGUCUGGAUCCGAUGUUCGAUAUAAGCAAAAUUUCAAAACCGGCGAAUAUGGCGCCGUUGAAAGUGGGAAUGUACGACAAAUGGGCCUGACUUACUUUGAAGGCGCUGUUGAAGAGCAUUUCGCAGGGCAUAUUGAGUGUUGGGAGGCGGAUGAUAGUGGUGAUAGCUUCUAUAACAGAAUGGUGCAGACUUUGAAAGACAUUCUAGACUUUUCCAUCGAGGCCGCUGUUAAUGCAACUGCUGCUGACGAUUGGGGAGAUGAAUGUGGAUCGACAGGAAAGGGCGCGGCGAUUCUUGCGUUAAUUGGAACCUGUGGGAGGCUUGUUGCAGCUCUCCUUGAGUGGUUGACAAAUGACGACGACUUAGUCUUUCGACGUGUAUUCGCGUUCACAGAGCCAGCAUUGGCUGCUUGA